CACAAGAUCUUCAUUGAAAAUAAACAGUGGAGAUACUAUGAUUUUGGCCCCAAGACUGUACCUCCUCUUAUUUGUAUCCCUGGAAUUGCAGGCACUACAGAUGUCUAUUACAAACAGAUCAUGUCCCUUUCAAUGAAGGAUUAUAAACUUCUACUAACAAGUGGUUAUAAGCACUAAAGCCUCUAUCAAGAGAUACCAUAGAACAUCAGAACAACAACCUGCUGAUUAGGCACAAGGAGUAGAGUUGUACUCUUCAUCAAGUCUUGAGUCCUGUCAUUUUGAUAUUGGUUACAUUUUUACUUGCCAACAACAUUGGUUUCAACAUGCUCAGGAAUGAGACAGUGAAACUUCUUGACCUCAAGUUUUCUUAGUUUCUUUUUUGAUGAUUUACACUGCUUUCCUAGUUUUGUUUGAUUAUUUACUUGCUUUUAAUCCAUGUCAAAUACCAACUAUUAUUACCCAAGUUUCUAACCAUGUUCUCAAUUUCCCCAUUAGUCCUUUUAAUACCUUGUAUUAUACUUGAACUUGCUACUCAUAAGUCCUAUCUGAUAUGAUGUUCAGCCACUUGAUUGGACGCACUGUGAAUGUUGCAAUAGAUAACUCUCUAUAAUGGUAAAUCAAUCUUUGCAUCAUUCCUGAAUGAAAUAUUGGUUUUAUCUUCUUUCAGUUAAUGCCGUGAAAUCAGGGGAUAACUCUGUUAUUGUGCAUGUUUUUUUCUUGUGAUUUGAUUAAGUUCAUACUUGUUUUGUUUGUAUUUGUUUUGGAUAUAAAUGAUUAUCUUACCAAUGAUCUGAUGUUAUAUUCUCUCUCUCCUAAAAGAUACCGUGUUCCUUUUUCUUCUUGAAAGGUUUUUAAAAAAUUGAUCAUUAUUAUAUUCAACCGACUUGUUCUUUCCCUUUCUUGAUGUCAUUCUUAACCACCAACUUUGAUCUUGUUAUAUUUAAGGGUCCAGUUGUUUUAUUAUUCAUGUAUAUGAAAAAGCGCUGUUCAAAUUUGUAUUGUACCCAAAUUAAGGUGUUAAAGGCAAGCAGCAGGUGUUUUGUUUCUAAUCUCUGGAUGCCAUGUUGUUUUGUAUCCUGCACAGAUAGGAAAAGGAAAAUACUCCUUCCUCGUAUUGUUGCAUUGCAGUAUUUCAUAGUAAUCUGUUUGUUUUCCUGGAUCAGCACCGUUGUUGUCUGUUAUCUUUUUGCAGUAAUAUUAUCAUUUUUGAUCUCCACAGUUUUUGCAACAUGAAAAUAUUUGGCACUUGCCAGAGUAUAAUCAUGAGCUUUUUGCAGGGUUACCGAGUGAUUUCUGUUGAUGUACCACAUGUUUGGAGUCACCAUGAGUGGGCUUAUGCAUUUGAGAAAUUCUUGGAUACACUCAGUAUAUAUCAUGUACACCUUUAUGGAACAUCACUGGGUGGAUUCCUUGCAUUAGUGUUUGCUCAACACCGUCCAAGGCGAGUUAAGUCAUUGGUUCUUUCAAAUGCAUUUUUGGAGACACACAAGUUUGCAGCUUCCAUGCCAUGGUCUUCAGUUGUUAACUGGACACCUUCAUUUUUGCUGAAGCGGUACAUCUUAUCAGGAAUUCGUGAUGGUCCACAUGAACCAUUCAUUGCUGACUCAGUAGACUUUGUUGUUGCACAGGUUGAGACUUUGACUAGGGAGGAUCUAUCAUCAAGGUUAAAGCUGAAUGUUAAUGUUGCAUCAGUUGGCCCUCUGUUGCUCUCAGAUUCCUUCAUCACUAUCAUGGAUACAAACGACUACUGUGCUAUUCCCCAACAGCUGAAAGAUCAAGUGAGCGAAAGAUUUCCUGGAGCUAGUCAAGCAAUCCUCAAGACCGGUGGUGAUUUCCCUUUUCUUUCUCGUUCUGAUGAGGUCAACCUGUACCUCCAGCUUCAUCUAAGACGGGUUGGGGUUGAAGCACAGCCAGACAAAGUACAAGAUAGUUUAGAAGAUGGAGGUGGUGAUGAUACAUCAAACUACGAUAAUCCUUCUGGACAUGGAGAAAGUGGUGCCACGGAUGAUCCUCAACAACCCGAACCUAUGGGACCCAGUGGCGCCAGUAACGGUAACCUUCAGCCUGAAUAUACGGGACCCAGUGAUCAUAGUUUAAAUGCCAGCUUCUUGCGCAGAGAGACUGGCAGCAUGAAAGUACUUGAUUCCCUUAUCCAUUCUCGUGCAAGCUUCAUUUAUCGUCACAUUGUUGCAGUACAACAUUGUAAAAGUAUAAAAAUAUAGAGGAUAUGUUGUCAUAUAUAUGCUAAAACCAUAUUAUAUAAUUAAAUUGAUUGUUUGCAUUUUA